AUGGCUGCGUUGCCAGAGCCCAGCGGUGCUGGCGCCGCAGGCAGCCCAUCACAAGUACGGGUGCGGCUGACCACGCGAGACACAGAACUCGCUGGCGAAGACCUUGCUCCUAUCCUCGUUCCUACGUCUUUCCGCCGCCUGACACUCUCUACCCUUGUCAACAGCCUCCUUGGAACCGAGAAAACGAUCCCCUUGGAAUUCAUCAUCAAUGGGACGUAUCUUCGUACAACGUUGGACGAGUACCUCACAAGCAACGGCAUCUCCGCAGAGACAACCCUUCCAGUCGAAUAUGUACGAGCACGGGUCCCUCCUCAAUAUGUGGCAUCUUUUGAGCACGACGAUUGGGUCAGCGACGUCGACGCCAUAUCCACUACCUCUCCAAGAAUUCUCACUGCAAGCUACGACGGCCUCUUAAGAGUAUGGAAUUCCUCUUCCCAGAUUCUCGCAACAUCCCCUGGGAUGACCCAGGGUGGACAUGGAUCUUUCAUCAAGUCUGCAAAAUUCAUAUCUUCAACUCAAGCAGUCUCAGGGGGGUUUGACCGUACGUUAAGAGUGUGGAAAUAUUCGGAGGAUCAGGACGGGCUUUCGGCCAACCUCUCGCCGCAAAUCGAGCUCUAUGGACACAAAUCCUCGGUAGAUGCAGUAUGCCCCCACGCUGACUCUUUCCGAAUACUCUCAGCCUCCUCCGACCAUUCUGUCGGAAUUUGGUCAUCGCGAAAAUCCGACGCACCAGCAGCACCUGAAGCCCUGGUCCCCAAGUCAAGAACCAAGGACGGCAAGAGGAGGAAACUGAAUAGCGAGGUGUCGGUGUCGCAGCGUGGGCCCCUCGCGCUGAUGCAGCAGCACACAGGACCAGUGUCCGGGGCCAUAUUUGAUCACCACGAUCCCACAGUGGGCUAUUCGACGUCUUGGGACCAGACAGUGCGCACCUGGGAUUUGGUCACCGCUUCGCUGGUUGAUACUCGAACCACGUCCAGCGCAUUGCUCUGCGUCGAUCAUAUGCCCUCUCUUCAUCUCAUCGCCGCUGGCUCGGCCAGCCGCGUGGUCAAGUUGGUGGACCCCCGGACUUCCGCCGCAACAGUCACGGCCAUAACUUUAAAGGGCCAUAAAAAUUCAGUCGUGAGCCUAGCCCCAGAUCCUGUCAACGACUACACCAUUGUCAGUGGCAGCCAUGAUGGGACAUGUAGAGUUUGGGACGUCCGAAGCACCAAGCAAGAAAAGGAUGGUGCCGUCGGGCAGAGUUUGUAUACAUUGCCAAGGGCGAGCCUCCAUGGCGCUGCCAGUCCGGCGGGGGGGGAUGGUGUCAAGGUGUUUGGAGUGUGUUGGCACAGCGAGGCCGGCAUCCUGAGCGCAGGUGAAGACAAGGUUGUGCAGAUCAACCGGAGGGACAACCAGACUUGA